AUGGUGUGGUUCUCUGUUGAGGUGUUGUUUGAAUCUCAGACCAACAAUGUCCUAUCCAAUCAAUCGACACGCUCCGAUGAGUUGAAAAAGAAUAACAUCUUUCUCCAUGAAGCUCCACUCAAUGCUAAUUUGAUAGAAUUUAACUCUGCCCUUGGUAGAGUAAUUAAAGGACGACAUGUGCUUUUUACUGCAUUUCAAUACUUGUUGAGUAACAAUUUGAUAGAAUUAGCCUCCGAUGAAGCAUCAUUGAAAAAUAACAAGUGCAUGUUAUAUAACGAAUUAUAUCCUACAUUCCAAACGUGUUGUGAUUCAUUCUAUAUUGUAACACACAAAAUUCCAGUCAAUGUCCAAUUAAUUAACGACGAAAAAGUGAAUUUAAAAAAAGUCUGUCAGAAAUAUUUGAGUGAGACACAAUUUAUAGAAUUAUGUAAAUUAAUGGAUCAAGGAGAAAAGUUAAAAGACGAUGUUGCUGAUUCCAAUACUUUCGUUAAGUCGAUCACUUGUUUUGGACAAAAAAGUUUAUCUCAUUUGGACUACCAAACAAAUGAUGACAAGAGUAACACGAGGAAAAAAGACAACUCCGUCAUGACUCUAAGAAAACUAUUUAAUACUGAUAAUGAAAAAACAAAGAUCAACAUACAAGUAACCGUCAGCAACAUUGAAACACCCUUUCAUAUUCACUUACUAGCUUGUUCAGCAUCUUCAUCACAAAACGAUUCAAAACAAAAGAAGAGAAAACAUCGUCAAUUUAUUCCUAACGAAGAUCAAUUAUUGUCGACCAAUGAUGAAACAGGAUCUUUUUUCAGUAUUAAGAAAAAGAAGGUAGAGAAAAUUGGACCAAGACGACUUAAAAUUCCUGAUGAUCUCGCUCUUAAAAAGGAACAACUGGACUACAUUUCUGAAUCAAAUAGACUUAAAUCUCGGUUAAAAGAUGAUCGUCUUCAAAAGAUGAUUCUGGAAGUAGACGCUCAUCCUGAAAGAGAGAAAGUUUUGGAUUAUUUCUUAGAAACAGAACCACAAUUUCUUACUUUUUGCGAAGAGUUGUUAUUUGUGAUGGGAAGAAGAGAUGAGUCAGAUUUAAGGUCUGUACAUCAACUUGCAGAACAGCUUGCCAAUCACCACAAAUAA